AUGAGUUCUACUCCUGAGUAUAAUAAUGAUAAUAUCAAGCCGGAGCCGAUCUUGAGUCAGCAAGACCACGAGGAUGGCCCCGUUCCUCCGCCUAACGUUGACGAUGCCGCACUUGUCCGCAAAAUUGACAUGCGUGUACUGCCAAUGCUAUUUGCCAUUUAUCUCGUCGCGUUUUUGGACCGAGUAAACAUCUCGAACGCACUCACCAUGAGCAUGCCGACUGAUUUGGAUUUAUAUGGUGACCGGGCAAACAUUGCCCUUCUGAUCUUUUACAUUCCAUAUAUUCUUUUCGAGAUCCCCUCGAAUAUCGUGAUGAAGAAGCUUAAACCGCAUAUCUGGCUUUCCGGCUGUAUCAUUGCCUUUGGUAUUGUCAUGCUCGGUCAAGCUUUUGUUCAAAGCUACGGCGGUUUGAUCGCGACUCGCUUCUUCCUUGGACUUGCCGAGUGCGGGAUCUUUCCCGGUAGCUUUUACCUGAUCAGUUUCUGGUAUAAACGUGCCGAGGCCCAGAAGCGUUUCACUAUGUAUUGGUCAUCAGUCAUUUUUGCCGGUGCCUUUGGUGGUCUGCUUGCCUCAGGUAUUGCCAAAAUGGAUGGCAUGCGCGGUCUUGAAAAUUGGCGAUGGAUUUUCUUGCUGGAGGGUAUUGCUUCUAUCCUGAUCGGCAUUUUCGCGCUGUUCUUCUGCGCUGAUUUCCCUCAGCAAGCAUCUUGGUUGACCGAGGAUGAAAAAGCAGCGGUGAUUGCGAAGACUCGCAAUUUCGAAGAUGAUGAGGUCUCGGUUACAAAGUCCGAUUUGAUUGCGUCUUCAAAGGAUCUCAAGCUGUACCUGGCGGGGUUCAUGUACUUUACAAUCGUCGUCCCCAUCUACGCUUUCUCUUACUUCGCGCCGACUAUUAUCAAAGCCCUGGGAUACGGAACGAUUCAAACCCAAUUGCACAGCGUGCCACCAUUUGCCGCCGCCCUUGGACUCUGCGUUGUAGUCGCAUAUUUCUCAGACCGCUUGAAUAUCCGCCUUCCAUUCAUUCUUCUUGGUCAAAUACUGAUCAUCAUUGGCGUGGCAAUCAUGUUAACGACGCAUGGAAAGAGCCAUUUCUCAGCCGAGUAUCUCGGCAUUUGCUUCAUCACUAUGGGUGCAUUUAGUUCUGGAGCUGUCAUCAUCUGCUGGGUCUUGAUGAACAUGCAGGGCCACAAGGAGCGAAGUAUCGGGUCUGGUUGGGUGAUUGGCGUCGGCAAUGCAGGUGGUAUCGUCGCUGUUUUCUGCUUCACUAAGGACGAUGCACCCUUGUAUCAUCGUGGAUACUGGAUUCUGAUGGGUAUCACGCUUGCCGGAGUGGUGCUUACUUUGUUAUACGCCUUAGUUAUUGUCCGCGACCGCCGCCGUCAGGUCCGCGAUGAGGGCAAGGUUGACAAGGAGAAGGUUUUGUCUCUAUAG